UCAUGUUUCCCGAACCCAUCAUCGACUCCCAAACACUCACUUCUUACUCGCUGCUGUGCGAUGCACCCCUCAUCCAUUAUCGCAUCAUGCACUCAAGUCUCGACCCUCACUCCACCCCAACAAUCCGAUCUCUUUUUUGGGUCACGUCGGAUCCAGCCGGUGUACAAUUGGUUGCGUUCAUCCUCCGGUCGUAAUGGGACCCCAUUUAUCCAUCCAAACCAUUCCCCCCUCACUCCAAUAAACAACAAGCAUCCUGCACUCUCCACAACAGCUUCGCGAGAAGAUAAAAAACAAGACUCCUUUCAUCAACAGCAGCUUCCACUAAAACACGCCGCAAAGCACGCCACGAUCCCACCACAGCACGCAGAGCAGAUGUCCACGCACCACGGUCCGUUGGAGCUGCAUGCGCGCUGGCAGCAGCCGCAGCAGCCGUCGCCGCCGUCUUCGUCGCGGCUUUGCGAGGUCGUAAAGUCUUCUGGGGUGGAGGCGGAGACGGAACCGACGGGGACGUAG